GAAAGAAUGUCUUUGCCUAAUGACACCGAGUUUCAUCCAUCUUCAUUCUUGUUGCUGGGCAUCCCAGGGCUGGAACAUGCUCACGUCUGGAUUGGAUUCCCCUUCUGCUGUCUGUAUCUCAUUGCACUUCUGGGGAAUACUGCUGUCCUCUUCGUGAUCAAGACUGAGCGCAGUCUCCAUGAGCCCAUGUACUACUUCCUAGCCAUGUUGGAUUUCAUCGACCUGGGCUUGUCCACAGCCACCAUCCCAAAAAUGCUGGGCAUCUUCUGGUUUGGUCUCAGGGAAAUAUCUUUUGGAGGCUGUCUUUCUCAGAUGUUCUUCAUCCACUUCUUCACUGCCAUGGAGAGCAUUGUGCUGCUGGCCAUGGCCUUUGACCGCUACAUCGCCAUUUGCAAACCCCUUCAGUACACCAUGAUCCUCACCAGCAAGACCAUCAGCCUCAUUGCCGGCAUUGCUAUCCUGCGGAGCCUGUACAUGGUUGCUCCUCUGGUGUUUCUCCUCCUGAGGCUGCCCUUCUGUGGUCACCGAGUCAUCCCUCAUACUUAUUGUGAGCACAUGGGCAUUGCCCGCCUCGCUUGUGCCAGCAUCAAAAUUAACAUCAUAUUUGGCCUUAGUAAUGUCUGCCUUUUAAUAUUGGAUGUGCUUCUUAUUAUUCUGUCCUAUAUCAGGAUCCUCUAUGCAGUCUUCCACCUCCCAUCCCAGGAGGCUCGGCUCAAAGCUCUCGACACCUGUGGCUCCCACAUUGGUGUGAUCUUAGCCUUUUUCACACCAGCGUUUUUCUCUUUCUUAACACAUCGUUUUGGACAUAAUAUACCCCAAUAUAUUCACAUUUUCUUAGCCAAUUUAUAUGUGGUCGUACCACCAGCCCUGAAUCCUAUAAUCUAUGGGGUUAAAACCAAUCAAAUUCGAAAAGGAUUUCUUCGAAUAUUCUUCCAGAGAGAUUGCUAA